CAUCUAGCCUCCUUCAUCAUCCUCCAGCGCGUUCAUGGCCUCCCCUGCUCAGCAGCUGCCCCCAGGUUGGGCGGCCGAAUGGGACCAAAACGCCCAACGUUACCUCUUCAUCGAGACCGCGACUGGAAGGACGCAGUGGGAACCUCCCUUCCCUGACCCCGAAGGCCUCAACCCCGCACCGAGUGCAUCUCCCCCACCCGCACAGUCCCAUAACACAAAACGACGUCAGUAUGCAGCCGGUCAGACGCAGGCGUACUACGGCGCGGACACGAUAGCUCCUCCUGGUCCUGCGUACGGCGGCGUCCCUACGCAAGCAGGACAGCAGCAGCCUCAACUGUUCACUCCGGGUCUCGCGGGAGACGGCCAAUUUGCGCAGCAGCAAGUGGGUGCUCAGCCCGGACAGGCACCAUACUAUGGGCAGGCCCAGCAGGAGCCGGAAUACAUCAAUGCACCCGGGUUCGGGCAGGGCGCGACGUACCAGCCGCCUGGCGUUAACGCGUUGGCGGACCAGUUCUCUCAGAUGGGUGUGGGACAGAAGGGCCCUCGGCUGUUCACAACUAACCUCCUUGCUGCUCCGCCGGACCCUCUUGAGCUGCAUCGCCCGCCUCCGGACAUCUUCCUACCUCCCAACUCUUGUCUAUCCAACUCUCCCAUGGCAAACGCCGACUCUUCCUACCAGCGGUGUACGCUCAACACCAUCCCUACCUCGCACUCCCUCCUCCAGAAGUCUAAGAUCCCCCUUGGGCUCGUCAUCACGCCAUACCGCACCGUCAAGGAGGGAGAUGAACCUGUUCCGCUCGUAACGGACACGGUUAUCGCCCGAUGCAGGAGAUGCCGUACGUAUAUCAACCCCUACGUGCAGUUCAUCGAUGGCGGGAACCGCUGGCGAUGCUGCAUGUGCUCGAUGUCGAACGAAGUCCCGCAGCUGUUCGACUGGGACCAGGUCCGGAAUCAGCCCGGAGACCGGUGGGCCCGUGCAGAGCUCAACCACGGUGUUGUCGAGUUCGUUGCGCCUACGGAGUACAUGGUCCGGCCGCCACAGCCCGCGGUGUUUGUCUUCCUCAUCGACGUGAGCCACAACGCGAUCCAGUCGGGCAUGGUUGCGACCGCGACGCGCACGAUCCUCGAGAACCUCGAUCGCAUCCCGAACGAGGACAACAGAACAAAGGUCGCGUUCCUCGCAUUCGACACCUCGCUGCACUUCUUCUCGCUCCCGGCGGGCACUGCGGAUUCGAGCAUGCUGGUCGUGUCAGAUAUUGACGAUGUAUUCCUGCCGAAGCCUACAGACCUGCUCGUUAACCUGACGGAGAGCCGUCCGGCGAUCGAGAGCCUGCUUACCAGGCUCAACGACAUGUUCCAGGAUAACCACACCAUCGGAAGCGCUCUCGGCCCCGCGCUACAGGCUGCGUUCAAGUUGAUGGCACACAUCGGCGGUAAGAUCCAGGUGCUCUCCGCCAGUCUGCCGUCGGUCGGAGCGGGUGCUCUGAAGAACAGGGAGGACCCGAAGGUUCUUGGAACGUCGAAGGAGUCGGCACUCCUCCAGGCAGCGUCCCCCUUCUACAAGACGUUCGCCAUCGAGUGCUCGCGUGCACAAGUGUCGGUCGACAUGUUCCUGUUCAGCUCUGGCUACCAGGAUGUCGCCACGCUCGCCUGUCUCCCUCAUUACACCUCUGGACAGACGUACUUCUACCCUGCCUUCAACGCCUCCCGUACGGAGGACGCGAUUAAAUUCGCGCACGAGUUCGGCGAAGUGCUGGCAAUGCCCAUCAUGUUGGAGGCAGUUAUGCGUGUCCGUGCAUCCAAGAACCUGCGUAUGUCCGCGUUCCACGGAAACUUCUUCGUGCGGUCUACGGAUCUGCUGGCCAUGCCGUCGGUCCCGCAAGAUCUGUCGUACGCCAUCGAGAUCCAGAUCGAGGACAACAUCACCGCGCCGUUCGUCGUGCUGCAGACUGCUGUCCUGCACACCACCUGCUACGGCGAGCGCCGCAUUCGUGUCAUCACGACCGCUCUGCCGACCACGAACAAUCUCUCCGAGAUCUUCGCAUCUGCGGACCAGGUCGCGAUCGCGACGCUGCUCGCGAACAAGGCGGUCGAGCGUUCCCUCACCCACAAACUCGAGGAUGCGCGCGAUGCUGUGUUCAACAAGAUGGUUGAGAUUCUAUCUGCAUACAAGGCGAGCAUGACCGCGGCGGGCGCGGGUGCGAGCGCGCAGCUGGCGAUUUCAGAGAACAUGAAGAUGCUCCCAGUGCUUCUCCUGGGCCUGUUGAAGAAUGUUGGCAUCAGGCAGAGCGCGCAGAUACCGCCGGACCUGCGGGCGUACGCGCAGUGCCUGCUCACGACGCUGCCGUCGCAACUGCUCAUCCCCUACGUCUACCCGACGUUCUACUCCCUGCACAACAUGCCACCAGAGUGCGGUACUGUUGGCGAGCACGGAACCAUCAUGCCCCAGCCGCUGCCCCUCACGUCAGAACGGCUCGAGCGUCACGGUCUCUUCCUCAUCGAGGACGGGCAGACAAUCUUCCUGUGGGUCGGCAGGGAUGCGGUGCCGCAGCUCAUUACGGACGUCUUCAACCUCCCCAACUACGAGGUCCUGCGCGGUGGCAAGACGACGCUCCCUGAGCUCGACAAUCCAUUCUCGCAGCGGCUGAACGCGGUGAUCCAGAAAACGCGCGAGAUGCGGCGGGGCGUGUACUACCCGCACCUGUACGUCGUCAAGGAGGACGGAGAGCCGCCGCUCCGGCUCUGGGCCCUCAGCUGCCUCAUCCAGGACCGCGCGGACGUCCUGCCGAGCUACCAGCAGUUCAUCUCGCAGCUGCGCGACAAGGUCAACGGGUCGAGCUAUUAGGCAAAGGAGGAGGGUUAGGUCGGCGGCGGCGGAGGACGCGUACAAGAAUUGGAGGUUUCUGUUUCCGUUGUGUUCAGUAUACGUAACGUAUGAUCAGUUUUGUCGAGCCUCGAACGCUUGCUAUCUAUAUUAGAUUUGGGAGAACC